GAUCGUUAAAAACCAAUGGCCUGAUAAAAUAGUUGUUUAUAAACAAGAAACGACAACGGGAUUCCCGAUUACGCUGGAAAUUCUCUUUUCGUCCUCAAGUUCUUUGAAAUUAGAACAGUUUUCAAGACCAACUGCUAUAAUAUAUAAACCCAUUUGAGUUCUUGAAGAUCAUACAGUACCAACAUUUCGACAAUACAUCAAUACAUUGAUACACUGCCAAACAUGAACAAAUACGGAAUAUUUGUUUUUGCAACCGUCAUAGCCGUUUCAAUGGCUGGGGUUAUCAAAGGUACGACCGACGAAGAAAGGGCAGAAUUUCGAGUUGUGCACAGGGGAUGUCAAGAUGAUCCAGAGACAUUUGCCGACGAAGUUUUGAUUCAGAAACUAUUCGAUGGGAUUUUCCCUGAAGAUGAUCAACUGAAAGUGCAUAUGGUAUGCAUGUACCAAGGCUUCAACCUCAUGAACCACGAUGGAGAGUUAAACAAGGACGUAAUUAAAAAGAAAUGGGCUGAACACGUCACAGGAGGACUUUUGCAAAAACUUAAUCAAUGCCUUGUUGAAAAGAGUUCACCUGAAGAAACUUCUUGGGAAUUUAUGAAAUGUCAACACCGUAUUGGUGUUUCCCUUUAUGGAAGAUAAAUUAUUAAUGUUUUAAAAGACUGAAAUAUAGAUAUUUUUAUAUA